AGAUUACAUGAUGGAAUUCACAUUUCCUCAAGAAACUCUGUGUGUCCUGGAUCAAUACCGUUGAAGAUCUCUUCUGAUUGCAACACCCGAAGCAGAGUCCUGUAACAAAUUUGUCAAAAGGAACAUACAAUGGAUCACAAAGAAAGCUGCCCAAGCGUUAGCAUUCCCAGCUCUGAUGAGCACAGAGAGAAGAAGAAAAGAUUUACUGUUUACAAAGUGUUGGUCUCCGUUGGCAGAAAUGAAUGGUUUGUCCUCAGACGAUAUGCAGAGUUUGACAAACUCUACAAUACGCUAAAGAAGCAAUUUCCCACCAUGAACCUGAAGAUUCCAGCUAAAAGAAUAUUUGGAGAUAAUUUUGAUCCUGAUUUUAUUAAGCAGAGAAGAGCAGGACUGAAUGAAUUCAUUCAAAAUUUAGUUAGACAGCCAGAGCUAUGCAACCACCCAGAUGUCAGAGCAUUUCUUCAGAUGGAUAACCCAAAACACCAGUCAGAUCCAUCUGAAGAUGAAGACGAAAGGAGCAGUCGAAAGUUAAACUCUACCUCACAGAAUAUCAACUUGGGACCAUCUGGAAAUCCUCAUGCUAAACCAACAGACUUUGAUUUCCUGAAAGUUAUUGGGAAAGGCAGCUUUGGCAAGGUGCUUCUUGCAAAACGAAAACUGGAUGGGAAAUACUAUGCUGUCAAAGUGUUGCAGAAAAAAAUUGUUCUCAAUAGGAAAGAGCAAAAACAUAUAAUGGCUGAACGUAAUGUGCUUUUGAAAAACGUGAAACAUCCAUUUUUGGUUGGGUUACAUUACUCAUUCCAAACAACAGAAAAGCUUUACUUUGUCCUGGAUUUUGUUAAUGGAGGAGAGCUGUUCUUUCACUUGCAAAGAGAACGUUCCUUUCCUGAGCACAGAGCCAGAUUUUAUGCUGCUGAAAUAGCCAGUGCACUGGGCUACUUACACUCCAUAAACAUAGUCUACAGGGAUUUAAAACCAGAAAACAUUCUCCUAGAUUCACUAGGCCAUGUGGUGUUGACAGACUUUGGACUUUGUAAAGAAGGGAUUGCAACUUCUGAUACCACUGCAACUUUCUGUGGGACCCCAGAAUAUCUUGCACCAGAAGUCAUUAAAAAGCAGCCCUAUGACAACACAGUAGACUGGUGGUGCCUUGGUGCAGUUCUUUAUGAAAUGCUUUAUGGGCUGCCUCCUUUUUACUGCCGUGACGUUGCUGAGAUGUAUGAGAAUAUUCUUCAUAAACCCCUGGUCUUGCGCCCAGGAAUCAGUCUUACAGCCUGGUCUAUCCUGGAAGAACUCUUGGAGAAGGAUCGGCAAAGCAGACUUGGAGCAAGGGAAGAUUUUCUUGAAAUUCAGAAGCAUCCAUUCUUUGAAUCGCUCAGCUGGACUGAUCUUCUUCAGAAGAAGAUUCCACCACCAUUUAAUCCUAAUGUGGUUGGACCGGACGAUAUUGGGAAUUUUGAUGCAGUGUUCACAGAAGAAAUGGUCCCAUACUCAGUCUGUGUUUCUUCUGAUUACAACAUUGUUAAUGCCAGUGUCCUAGAGGCAGAUGAUGCAUUUCUUGGAUUUUCUUACGCACCACCUUCCGAAGAUAUGUUUUCCUAGGGAGUUAGAAGCGAAGAAUGUUUUGGUAGCCUUGGGGUGGACUGAAACGUUAGGGUUAUGGACACAUUCCAAAAUAGCGUAACUAGUGCCUCGUUUUGUAUGUAGGUUUGAAGCCUAUGAACAAACUUUCUCUGCUGUAUAGGAGGACUUUGGGCAUUUUGGAUGGCUUUCUUUGGGGGUUGAACUGUUUGUUCCUGCUGCAGAAAAUAUUUUUUAAAACCUUUGAAAAGCAUUCUCUACAUAUUUUUUAAGCGAAAACACUGUUCUCCUCAAUCCCUUCAAGUUUACAUUCAUACCUAUCUAACUGGGCUGGCACAAACAGCAGCAAAUUUAUAAAUGCUUUUGUACUUAUUUACAGUGACUUGUGCUUGAAUUGUAACUAUGCAAAUUGUCUUUUGUAUAUCCUGGUUUAAAAAAAAAGGGUAAAUGUUUUCCCUGUUUAUCCGUUUGAAAUGUAUGUUAAUUUACUUGUCAGCACUUAAAUUGAGGGGUUAAUAUAAGUUAAGGACCAAGAUUCCUGAAGGACUUCUGGCAAAAGAGAACUUGGUCAUGUAAACCUGGAUCGUUGCUCUUGCGCUUGCUGAAGUAGCCAUUGACUCAACUGGAUUACCUGAGCUAUGGGAGAUCACUCAGAGCAAGGACUGGACAAAUUAACUGGAUUGAUUUGAUAACAUUACUUAUUAUGUGCUCUACUUUCCUUUCCUCCUUGAGCUAAAUAUGUCUACAUUUCAACUACAUUAAAAAUAUUUUUUGU